AUGCAUAGAAAGCUGCUCUUUCGUUUGGGAACGUGGUUAUGCCUUCUACUGUUGUUCCUUGCGCUCAACAUCCUCGUGACUAAAUUCUUCUGGGGUCCUGCCGCUGUCAGUUCGGUCAAACAGGUUCCCAGGGUCGAGGAGAAUGGUCAGCCGAUCGAGGACAUACAACAGCCUCCAGUUGACAACAAAAUCGCAUCUCGAGCGAGGACUGAUACGGCCUUCUACGAGUACUUUAAUCCACCGGUAGAAAUUUGCAAUACCGUCACCAGUUACGGCGCCUUUAUGGUUGAAUUCAAAAGACUGCUGAUAAAUUCAUCAAGUAUUCAAGGAAACAUCGGCGGUGAAGAUUACCGAUCGGUGAUGUUUCAAAGUGAGUCUAGCGAGUACGUUCAGUUGAGCAGCAAUACUUUCGCGGUGGAAUGUCCAGUCCUUCACAAUAUUGACAAGUAAGUGUUGUUCUGUGAGGGCAUUCUUUUUACCUCUUUUAUUGCUCACCUUACGUACUGUAGGUAACCACAAUGGGUCGAGAUUAAAUUUCAUGAGAUUGUUUUUUUGGUGGACUGGGUGGUCGGGGCCAAUACAGCCUUCCCCUUACUUGAAUCCAUUUAGAAUGCUUGUCCUCUACAACAUGAGGAUAUGUCAGCUCUCGUAAGUAAUAAUGCUACAUUAACAUGAUAUUGAAUCUGACAGUUCGGUCGUCGCAACUGCCGAUGUCUACCGUGUGCUCCACAGCAACGUGAAGCGGGCACGGUGACUGACGCGUGAAUUAGUUUAUAGUGAGAGUUGGCUUGCGUAACAACUACCGCACAACCCCCUUCCCCCCUCGGGGGCCCGGUGCCAAGUAGACCGGAGGCUGGAACAGCCGGAUCCGCGCUUAGGCGUACCACCACGCCCCCCUGGCCCACAACAACCACUCGACCAGAAUUUUAACUAACAAUAACACGAAGGCGAGCUUGAAAGAGGAGGAUGACUAGGCAACCAAGCACUCGACCUGCAUACAUGCGGGAGCACAACUGCAUCUACCGGCAGGGAACCAAGCCCCAGAGAACUGCCAGCUGCGAGAGCCACGAUUUGCUGAAUCACACCUUAAUGCACAGCAUGGGGACCCACAGCCCUGCACUAAACCUGAGCCAACAGCCGUCGACUGAGAGACACUUCCCAUGAAACACACACACACAUUCUCCACAUGCAUAAGAUUGCCAGAGGUCACGGUAAGGGGAAACCGUGAUAGCCUGGCUCUCGGCCCACCAAUUCGCCACUCCACACAAACAAACACAACUGGGCUGACUGCAUGGACUGAGUUGAGGAGUCAGUUGGUAGCCAUCCAAGCCACGGCGCUUGGCGACCGUGAUAGUCUCACACUCCGAUUCCACGUGCAACAGAGGAGCCGCAUGGAGAGGUGGGAAAUUGAGUCUUUGUGUUGUGUUGUGAUGGUGGGGUGUAGCCGGUGGAUGUCUACAUCAGGUUUUCAUGACUGGACAUGUGGCCUAAUAGGUCCAUUGAAUGUUUGAAUGUGCGGGGCCGAUGGGAGCGCUUGGGGAGGAUGUGGCGAGCGUAUGUUAGUGCUCCGGACACGGGUUCACCAGUCUCUGUCCGAUGGAUUCGCAAGUGAUCUACCAGGCCGACGGGUGAGGUGAAUGUACGGGGGACAGUGUGGUCAGGAUAGAGCGGGAGGGUCAGAGUCUAUUUCGGUGAUAGUGACGGUGAUGAAGCUGCUGGCAGUGACCGCGCUGGGCGGCGGGGUGUGAAUUGAGCUAGGCAUGGUUGGUGUACUAGGUGUGUCGAUAGUGCGGUGACACUGGGACACCACCGGCAUGGUGUUUGCCGCUCGCCAGUUACAGGAAAAGUACCAGGAGAUGCGUACCCACCUUUACACCACCAUCCGUGGAUUUGAUGAAAGACUUGAAUACGGUAAACUCGCAAGGGACUGUGGAAAAUCAUGCAGAAAUUUGGCUGUCCCGAACGACUCACUCGCAUAGUAAGUCAACUCCACGACAGGUGAAUUCCGCUGUCGUGAACACGCAUGUCACCUAGUAGGCCCAUGCAGCGAGUGAAUGUGCGGGGUCAGUGUGGACAAUGGAGGCGGAUCCGUCGAGUGUAGGUCGGUGCCACAGCCACUAGUUAGUCAGUCUUUGUGCGAUGGAUUCGCAAGUGACCCACCAGGCCGAUGUGUGGGAUAAAUGUGCGAUCGCAGCGAGGAUAGGCAUGAACCGAGUUCCCAUCGCUGGAGGUGGGGGUGUUGAUAGUGAUGGGAUGUCGGACGUCGUUCUAUUGGUGAGGCGAAUGCGUGCUGGUGGUGGCGGCGGCGGUGGCGGUGAUGGUGGUUGUGGUGGUGGGGGUGGUGGUGGUGGUGGCGGUGGUGGUGGUGGUGGUCGCUGUGGUGGACGCAGGGGUUGGUGUGGGGGCAGUGGCGUCGGUGGUUGAUGGCGGGGGUGCAACGACGGUGUGGUCGGUGGCGACGGGGAUGACAAUCGCCGCGGGGUUUACGAUAGGGGCGAGAGUGGGAGAAGACGUAGACUUUGUCGGGCUGUUGUGUCCAACGGUGUUCCAUAAGAUGAAUUCGCGAGCGGGAUCCGCGUUGGCAGCGCGGAAAUGUUUGAAGUGGUUGAUAAUUGGCAUUGAGAAGACGAGGCACUUGCGACUUGCGAGCCUCCCUUUUGACUUUGGCGGCGGGGAUCCGAUUUGCUUCGUAGAUGGCGGCACCGGUCUUUACUUCUCGUCGCCAUGCCGGUAUGUUCUUAGCGAGGUCCUCCCAGGUCCCCGGAUUGAUCUUCAGCAGUUUCAGAGAGCCCUUAAAAGUGUCAUCGUAGCGCCGUUUUUUUUCCCCUUGUCAACUCGUACCAAAGAGGAGAUGCUUCAACAUGCAUGUGUCUUCUAUCCUCACGAAAACGGCGUUUAACGUAGCUGCAAUUGCCUUGACAUGGAGGGAAUGCUGAGGAUUCUGUUUAAUUCUAGGACUUCUGUGUCGGGGAUCCUGUCUCUCCAUCUCAACAUUUGUAUUCUGUGAGGGCAGCAGAUAUGGAAGUGGUUGAGUUUCUUGGUAUGGUUGGAGUAGACGGUCCUGGUUUCCGCUCCGUCAGGACGACGGCCUUGUACAUCUUCAGCUUUGUAUUCAGUUGGAGGCCGUGGCGAUUUUGCACGGAGUUCUUUAGCCGGCCGAAGCUUUGGCUGGCUUUGGACAUCCGAUGGGUCACUUCGUCGUCGAUCCUGGUGCUGCUGGAAAAUAUGCCUCCGAGAUAAGCAUCUCCUGGCACUUCUUCUCUAGCUGGCGAGCGGCAAACACCAUGUCGGUGGUGCUCCAUUGUCGCCGGAAGCCACAUUGGCUAUCCGGCAGAAGGCCUCGCUCGACAUAUCCUCUGAUGCGGGUGAAGAUCUUUCCAGAGAUGUUGGGUAGCGGGAUGCCUCUCUGAUUGUCACAGACUUGCCGGUCACCAAUGCGCUUGUAGAGAUGAACAAUGGUUGCGUCCUUGAAAUUCCAAGGAACAUGUUCACAGCGCCACAUCUCCUGAAAUAGCGUCGUGAAUUGGUCCAUCAGUCGGCUACUGCCGUGCUUGUAAAUUUCGGCUGGGGUUGCAUCGGAGCCUAGGGCCUUCCCUCUGGAUGGUUUUUGGGAGGGAGGGAGGGAGGGAGGGAGGACGGGAGAAACAGAUUGACGUUGAUUUCCACUUGGGGGAGCCAGUCGAUGGUGGCGUCGGAAAUUGUGGCGGGACUGUUGAUGACGCGCUUCUAAAGUGCUCGACCCAGCACAUCAGAAUCUGCGAGCUCUCCGUCAGACGCGUUGAUCCAUCGUAGCUGAAAAACGACGCAGUUCCAUUGGUAGGGGAGCUGCAGAUCGCCUUGAUCACAGCGAAGAAGUUCUUCGAUUUGUUGCUGUCGGCGUAACCGUAUACUGCACCAAGAUGCAUUCUGAAUGUACUAGCAAUAGGGCAGCAAGGUAAGAAGGGUUUGACCACUAGCAUCCGGCCUUUUGUACGUUAUUCCGUUAGAAUUGACGGAAGCAAGCCAUGCGCAAUCUCAACGCGCUAGGAACCAAAGUAGAAUAUCAGUCCCGCUCAGCGAUUUCAACAUGCUACUUGGGCGACAAGCACUGCUUGAUAGCUCAGUUUUCCGAUGAGUAAAGGCUUCUGGCAUUACUACGGCGAUAUUCUGAGGUGAUUGGUUACGCACAGAACAUCUGAAUGACUCACACCCGCAUCUGAAAACUGCAACAACGGCCAGCACCUCUACCCAAAGACAACGUCCGCCUUCGAUGAAUCACGAUUUGGUCUUGGCCACACGGUGGUUGCCUCCGUAAAAUUUGAUCUAAAAUCAAAUGCUGGGAAAGCAAAGUGCUGCCUGACGGCCUUCAACACUACUUGACUUGGUAGGGGGCGCUCACCGAUCGUUCUUACGGAACUCACUCGUUCCGUUGUGCCUUACGGGCUCUCUCCCUAGCCCAACCAGCAGCCGCACGGCGGCGCAUGAUAUAGGCAGAAUGGUAUCAUCGACAAAGACCAGGGAGACUGGAAUGGCCAUUUCUGGCUUACUAGCCGUCGUAAGCCAGUCAUACCCAACCCCGCAGUGUUGAACACCCACGGCUCGAACUCGCGACCUUUUAGUUAGAAGUCCACGCCUCUAACCGCUGGGCCACGAGCCCGUUGCCCUGUCGGUUUCGAUCGGCAAUAUACAGUGGUAGGGGGCACUCACCGAUCGCUCUUACUGAACUCACUCGUUCCAUUGUACCUUACGGGCUCUCCCUCGAGCCCAGCCAGUAGCCGCACAGCGGCGCAUGACUUCUCCUCUGCCCAAUCGCUGUUGGCAACAGGGCAUACGUGAUCGAUCCUCUUCUGUAUGCAUCGAUUGAUUCUUUCGAAUCGCCGAUGGGCCAAUAUCAACAGGAUGCGAGUUAUCUCUCAUGAAACUCACUCGGAACAUCUUUCGUCAUCCCGCGGAGUUGACUGUGGUCUAGUUGAAAAACUAAGCAUAAGUUCGGCCGUCGUGCACGUCGACGUCCACUGCGCGCCUCGCAGAAUGCGCAUAGGACAGUCACCUGCGUGGAAAUUAGGUUAUACUGAGACAGGCUUGCGAAGCAACUACCGCACUCUCUCUUUUUACCCAUGUUAUCUGGUUCUACUGGCAAGGCGGUAUCAGAGGUGGGGUCAGGUGAAAUGGCUGAUAAAUCUAUACAAUCCAUGUACGCAUCUCCCAGACGACCUGGUCCCCAUGGCAUAAUUAGGAACUUUUUUAAAACCAAAAGAUCACCUCUCUUGGGGCAUAAAAUAUAAAGGCAGUGUGGUUUUCUCCCAAACAAGCAAAAGAAAGCAAAAGCAUUCUAUAAAACAUAUUUGAAUUUAUAAGAACAUCGAAAAUCAAUGUGUAAAAUGCACACUACUUAAGUAGUUAUUUUUUACCAAAUACGAUUUCUGCCGGAGGUCAGAAAGGAGUGCAUUCAAAAGCCUACAUCUAGGCGAGUCUGAAAUACUACGAAAUUGUGCUACAUGAUACCUAAUAUUACAACGCAACCUUUUUAAUUCUUCCUAGUUGAAAACGCAUUUCAGAAUUUCAGCUAACAUUUAAUGAUAUUUGUCACGCACUGUACAAGGAUUCCGAAAGGGCGGGCUAGAUCUCACACGCUUGAGGGUAUCACAAAGGCAACAUUAUAAAAACCCAGUUGCAGCUUUUUGCUCAUUUCUGACAAGCACCGAGUUAUUCCGUCAGUUGGUAGGCUUUCAAGUCACAAUCGUUAGCGUGCAGUGUUGGGUUCAAACAGUACUCCCGCAACCUAUGGCCUUUGCAGGCAUUCUAAUUAAAUAUAGAGGAUUACGGUUAAACGGGACACUUGGACCCGAUUCCAUGACUGUUUACGCUAUCCAAAUGACUUAAAUGCCGCUGCGUAGAAGUUAACAAGGCUUAAAAACGAUCAUUUUCCGCAAAGGAAGUAGCAGCAUACGUUUAAGUAGUUUUUUGCAAAUACGAGUUUGCAAGAAAGCAGGAUUUGGUGACACCGUCAUCACAUGGUGUUUGUCUGAGUGAAAACAAUGUGAAAUCGGCAAUGAUGAGUGAAGUGUAUCGCGAUACGAAGCUAAUUUCUGAGUCAAAUCUUCAGCUUUACCCUGGGAGACAACAGCGCAGGGAGGAGGAUAGGUCAGGUUUGUGCAGAAAAUUGAAACACUUCCUUGCCUUCGCAUUGCUCUGGUACUCGCUGUUCUCACUGCCUCCAGUCGUACUCUCAGCAGGUCCUAUCCUGUGAAAUUUUGUAGCAUGCCACAGUUUCAGAAUCAUCACACCUUAAUUGCCACCCACACUUCCAAGUUCGAUAUUUUCUUUAAAAAAUGCAGUGAGCAGAGCAGGCGAUGGCUGGUGUUCGUUCAGUUACUGAUCGUUCAUUUACAUCAGUAGGGCAGCCUACUAAGUUAGUGUUAGGUCCUACCUGACAUUUUUGGUUGUUUGCGAGCGAGAUGCCCAACAAUGCGACCAAUUAGAGCUAAGCUUAUGGGUUACCAAUUAAAGCACCCAAGAUGCUCUAUGUGCGUCAAGGCUGCGACAGGAAGUAAAGGAACACUCAGCCGCGCUGCCACUCAAAGGCUGGUUUCGAACUUACUGUACAGGGGGUGCGCCAACUCAUGAAAAGUCAACCGAAAUUCCGAAAUGCGUUUUCGUCUCGAAAAGAUUAAUUAAAUGCGUUUCUAAAACUAAUCAGCCUGCAGCAUAUUUCUGUCAUAAUUCAGUUGCCUCAGGAUGCCGGCUUCAGAAAGAACCUCUUUCCAGCUUCAUGCAAAAGACUACGUUCUGUAAAAAAUGAUUAAUUAAGUAGCAUGCAUUUUUCCCGUUGAUUUUCGAUGCCCUUAAAAAUUCAAUUAAAUUACAUGGAAAACAUGCAUAAAAAUAUUCAUUCUUUUUCUCAUCCGGUAGAAAAUGACGUUUACUUCCAAUUUUAUCCCCGAAAAAGAGUAUAAUUUGGUUUUAAAAAGUUUCUAAUUGUGAGACUUUUAAUACCGUGAAAUGGACAGACGUCCAUAAAAAGUCAUGUCUCUGCAUUUACCAAUGUGACUUGUAAAGUUAACAAUUUGGCUCAAAUCGAAUACUAAAUUUUAUAAACCCCAUAUGGCCCCUUUUAAUACUAUAGAUAAAUGUAUUGUUUUCCGUACGCGGAAAAUAUACGGCUCGUAGUUUGAAAACCCUGAAUGAAAGUGUAACGGCAGAUCGGGUUCAAAAUUAUUCGGGAAUUGAAAAUUUUUUUAAAACCGAAUUUUUCCCUUCCUUCGAGUAUAAAUUUGGAAGAAGACGUAAUAUUUCACCAAAUGAGUAAAAGAAUGAAUAUUUUUAUGCAUUUUCCCAUGAAAUAUAAUUAGACUUUUAAGGGCAUCGAAAAUCAACGAGAAAAAUGCAUGCAACACAAGUAGUCAUUUUUGCAGAGUACAGUUUUUUCAUUCAGGCGAAAAGAAGUUUGUUCUGAAGCCGACAUCCUGAGGUAACUGAAUUAUUAUAGAAUUACACUGCAGAGUGCUUAGUUUUACAACCCUCCUUAAUCACUCUUUUCGAGGCGAAAUCACAUUUUGCAAUUUCGGUUGCCACUUCAUGAGUUAGCCCACCUACUGCAAGCACUGCUGAGUAAGAGUUCUCCAUUGGAGUGCUUUGGCACAAGUACACUGUAUUUUAAUUCGGUAAUUACAUCUCCAGUAAUUACACAUCAGAAGUGCGUCAUUCUCUGUCAACGCCCGCACUAAUCAUAAUGAUGGUUGUAAUGAGCAGGCUAAUUUGCGACAUGUUUCUACUCUGUCUCAACUAAACUGAAUGCUUGAUUUAGCCGGAAGCCGCCACUGCAGACAGCGGAUUGAGGUGCGUACUUGGAAGCCAGGUAACCAGGAAUGGGGGCUGGCUGAUGAGGUGUAUGGGGGUUUUCUUCCUAGCCACCUUCCCCUGCUGCUUACAGUGAGCACGUGCCCCAAAUGCACCCUUGUUUACGAAGUCACACCUGUUUUCGUGAAUAGGUUUGUAGCAAACGUCAGCAGGCCUAGUCAGUUUUUUUCCAAUAGCAAGUCCUACUUGAUUUUCACGUGUGCGCUCACACCAGUUCAGUCGGCGUCUAAGGUAGGAGAGGGAAUGUUUGUCAAUCUUCUUCACGCUAAACAAGAAGAACACGCGAUCGCGGGGUGGCAACACUUGUGCUCAAACGAGAUUUCAGACCCAUACGGGGGAGACCAACCUCGAGGACUAGGGGAAAGAACAAUAACAAGUGAACAGUUAUGGGGUCUGUCAAGGGGGGAGCGAAUGGGGAGGGCGGCGAUCGUGUUCCCCUGACUGGGACUGGAGUCGUUCACCCUGAUCUCCUGGUGCGAUGGCUGAACGCGUGGGCGUGGCACACCACCGCGGAACGAAAGUUGUGUCAAUACAAUAGAUUUACUAACUCGUGAACCAACCGAAAUUCUGAAAUGCGUUUUCGACUCGAAAAUAUUAAUUGCAGUAGGUGGCCUAACUCAUGAAAUGUCAACCGAAAUUCCGAACUGUGUUUUCGUUUCGAAAAAGAUUAAUUAAGUAGGGUUGUAAAAUUAAUCAGUCUGAAGUGUAAUUCUAUAAUAAUUCAGUUACCUCAGGAUGCUGACUUUCGAACGAAGUUCCUUCCGGUUUCAUGCAAAAACCACACUCUGUAAAAAAGGAUUAUUUAAUUAGCAUGCAUUUUUCUCGUUGAUUUCCAACGACCCCUAAAAGUCCAAUUAUAUUUCACGGAAAUCAUGAAUACAAAUAUUCAUUCUAUUGCUCCUUCGGUAGAAAAUUACGUUUUCUUCCAAUUUUAUACUCGAAGGACGCAUUUUACUCGGCAUUCAAAAAACUUUUAUAAAACCUGAAUAAUUUUGAAUCCGAUCUGCCGUUACACCUGCGUUCAGGGUUUCCAACCUACAGGAAACCAUACGUUUCUCUAUGCUAUUGAGAGGAGAUUAUAUGGGGUUCAUUAAAUUUAGCAUUAUAUUUUAGCCAUACUUUUAACUUUAUAAGCCACAUUGGUAAAUGCAGAGACAUGACGUUUUAUGAACGACCAUUUCACGGUAUUUAAAAGUCUCACAAUUGGAAACUUUUUGAAAACUGAAUAAUGCCAUCCCUUUAAGUAUAAAAUUAGAGGAAGACGCGAUUUUCUACCGAAUCAGCAAAAGAAUGAAUACCUUUCAUGCAUGCUUACCACAACAUAAAACGGAAUUUUUAGGGGCAUCGAAAAUCAAUGGAAAAAAUGCAUGCUACUUAAGUAGUUCCCGUUUUACAGAGUAAUGUGUCGGCAUGCAGCAGGACAGAAGUUUACUCGAAAGCUGGCAUUCUAAGGUAAUUGAAUUAUUAUAGAAUUAUUAUGCAUGAGGAUUAGUUUCACAAUCCUACUUAAUAAGUUUUUUCGAAACGAAAACGCAUUUCGGAAUUCAGUUUGACAUUUCAUGAGUAAGCCCACCUUCUGUAAGUAGGGUUUUAAUAUUCAUCACCAUGCAGCGUAAUCCUAUUAUAACUCAGUUAAUUCAAGAUGCCGGCUUUCGGAUGAAUAUCUUUCCGGCCACUUGAAAAAAACUAAGCUGCAAAAAUGACUACCUCGGUAGCAUGAAUUUUUAAAAUUGAUUUUCGGUGCCCUUAUAAACUCAAAUAAAUUUCACAGGAAACAUGCGUAAACAUAUUUAUCCUUUUACGUCUUCUCUAAAUUGCGUACUUGAAGGAAGGGUAUAAUUCGACUUUAAAGUUUCUAACUAUGAGAUUUUCCAAGACCGUGAAAUGCCCGUCCAUAAAACCUCGUGUAUCUGCAUUUACUAAUGUUACUUAUAAAGUUUACAAUAUGGCUCAAAUUCACUGCAAAAUUUUCUGAACCCCAUACGGUCUAUUCUUAAUACUGUAGACAAAUGGAUGGUUUUUCGUACAUGAAAAAUAUAUAACUUGUAGUGUUGAAACCCUAAAUGAAAGUUUUGUAGCAGCCGGUCGGAUUCUAAUUUAUUCGGGAAUUGGAGAAGUUUUUUAAAACCAAAUUAUACACUUCCUUCAAGUAUAAAAUUUUAAGAAGACGUAAUUUUCCGCCAAAUGAGUAAAAGAAUGAACAUUUUUAUGCACGUUUUCUAUGAAAUAGGUUUGAAUUUAUAAGAGCAUCGAAAAUCAGUGAGAAAAGGUUAUGUUAAUUAAGUAGCCCUUUUUACAAAAUAUAGCUUUUGCGGACAGCUGGAACGAAGUUCGUUCAAAAGCGGGCAUCCCGAGGUAGCUGAUUUGUCAUGAGAUUAUGCUGCACGGGGAUUGCUUUUGCAACCCCACUUAUGUAAUCCUUUCGAGUCGAAAACGCAUUUCAGGAUUUCGGUAAACAUUUCGUGAGCUAGCACAUCUACUGUAAGUAAUCUUUUCGCUAAGAUGUGGCUACGUAGCCGCACCUGAUGGACGCAAUACUUCUGACCUAUUUAACUGUUUUGAGUUGGUGUGAUAACGUUGGCAUGGUAUUACUGAGCGUUGCGGUGGGUGAGCUGCUGGCGGCCUUGUUUCUUUGUUGGCGUGUCUACGUUUUCGGCCCAGUGCCGGUGGUCCUUCUUGACUUUCGACCUGUCGUCUCCUUCUAACAUUUGCGUUGAAUUUUGCAGGGUUAGGGUUUAGGGCUGCGGUUAAGGGUUAGGGUUGGGUGUUAGAAUUAGGAGUUGAGGUUAGGGGCUAGAGCUAUGGUUAAUGUUGGGGCAGCUAUUUCUCAACCACUCAAAGUACAACCGUGCGUUUCCAAUAGUUCUUCUUUUGCAUACACUUACCUGACCUCAUCGCCUGUGCCGCACCUGUAAAAAGCCCUAUCCCCAUACCACAGGUGGUUGGGGCUUGUUUACCUCAGGUGCGGCUACAUAACCACAUCUGACCAUCUUGUCGAGUCGAAAAUGCAUUUCAGAAUUUCGGGUAAAUUGUCAUUAGUUAGCACAUCUACUGUACGUCUGGGUAUGACGUUAGUGUCCGGGGUUCGGGCCUCCAGCAUCCCUUUUCCUGUCUUGCUGCCGGUUCCUUUUGUUAUUUAUCCGCCCCCAAAACAGACCACGAGGUAGAGAUACGCUGGUCCAGCACUGAGGCUAGAUAAUUCAAUUAGUUCAUGAUGUCGUCUUUUGACUGAACCUCUUUCCGACCACCUGAGAAAACUACACUGUAAAAAUGACCACCUACGUAGCAUGAAUUUUUCCAACUACUUUUCGGCGUCCCUAUAAAUUCAAAUAUAUUUCGUAGAAAACAUGCAUGAAAAUAUUCAUUCUGUAAAUAAUUUUGUAGAAAAUCGCGUCUACUUCAAAUUUUAUGUCUGAAAGAAGGGUAUAAUUGGGUUUUAGAAAACCUUUCUAAUUCCCGAAUAAUUGUGAACCCUUCCAUUCAGGAUUUCCAAAUUACGAGCUGCGCAUUUUCCGAGUACGGGAAAUCAUCCAGUCCUCUCCGGCAUUAAGAGGGGACCAUAUGGGGUUUAAAAACAUGCAUAACGAUGUGCAUUUUUUUACUAAUUUGGCAGAAAUAUACCUCUUCAAAUUGUAUAAUUUAAGGAAAGGUACAAUUCAGUCUUGAACAGUUUUCUAACUCCCGAAUAAUUUUGAACCCCCCCUGCUGUUUCACCUACGUUUAGUGUUUCUAAACUACAAACUGUAUAUUUUCUGUGUACGAAAAAUCAUACAUUUCUUAACGGUAUUAAGAGGAAACCAUAUAAGGUUCAUGAAAGUUAACAGUGAAUUUGAGCCUUAUUGUAGAAUUUACAAGCAAUAUUAGUAAAUGCAGAGAUACGAUGUUUUAUGAAUGAGCAUUUCAUGGUCUUAAAAAAUUUCAUUGUCAAAAACCUUUCCUUAACCGAAUUAUACCCCUCCUUCAGGCAUAAAAUUUGAAGGAGACACAAUUUUCUACCAAAUGAGUUAAAGAAGGAAUAUUUUCAUGCAUGUUCUAUAUGAAGUAUAUUUGAAUUUAUAAGGACGCCGAAAAUCAAUGAGAAAAAUUCACACUACUUAACUUGUCAUUUUUGCAGUGUAGUUUUUGGAGGCGGCCGGAAGGAAGUUCUUUCAAAAGCGGACAUCCUGAACUAACCGAAUUAUCAUGGGGUGAUUGAUAUUACAGCCCUACUUAAGUAAUCUUUUCGAGUCGAAAACGCAUUUCAGAAUUCCGCGUAAAAUUUCACGAUUUAGCACAUCUACUGUACGUCUGUGUUUCGAGUUAGUAUGCGAGGCUCAGACCUCCAGCACCCCUGUCUUGCUCCUUAAACAGGCCACGUGGUAGAGAUACGCUGGUCCAGCAGUGAGACUGCAUCAGAGCCGAGCAAAUGUUGUUGCCAGACCAACCUUGACACGAAGUGAUCAGGUAAGAACAAUAACAAAUGGGCAACUUUGUAGUCCGUAAGCAUGGGGAAACUACGUCGCGACACCUGCCACGCGGCGCAUGACCGCAAUUGGUAAAAAAAUUUCUGCGUAUGUGGCAUGAAUUUUUUCAUUGAUUUCUAUGUACUUCAAAAUGCAAAUAUAUGCUAUGGAAAAGAUGCAAAUGAAUGUACUUUUUGCACUCACUUGAUUGUCAAUCACCCAUUCUUUUGCGCUUGUAAUUGUAAAAAUUUUAUCAACUGCUGACUGAUUUUGAGCCCAAUCUUCCACACUAUUUGCUUUUAGGGUUUGCAAUCUAGAAGCUGCAUGCUUUUUAUGCAAGUAAAACCACGCAUUCCUAUACGUAAUUAAAAAUGAACCAUAAAGGACUCAUAAAACUUUUCAACGGAUGUGGGCUACAUAUAAUUCAUAGGCAACAUUAAUUAGCGGUCUUGAAAAGUCAUAAUUAAAAACUUUUCAAAACCAGAAAAGGAUUGUUUCGAGCAUAGGUUUUAAAGAAGGCAUGAAUUUCUACAAACUGAACACAAGAAAACAUGCUCGUAUGCAUAUCUGAAUUUAUAAGGACUUCUAAAAUCAAUGAAAAAAAACAAUGCCACCUAAGUAGUCAUUUUUGCCGAGUACGGUGUUCUUGCAGGCGGCUGAAAAGAAGUGCAUUCGAAAACCGGCGUUACGCUGCACGGCAAUCAAUAGUUCGGCUUCACCUACGAAAUUUUCCCUAGUCUAAAAUACAUUCCACGAUUUCGGCUAAUGUUUCAUGGGGUCGAUCACUGAGUGUAUGUGCUUUUCUGCGAGCUGAUGGUCCAAAGUGCUGUUUUAGCCCAAAUUGUGGUUCCUGGUGCGUUUCGAACAGUUUGCAGUUGGGGCAACCGUGCCCUCGCUCUACUUCCUACUAUGCCUCCGAUGGAAACCCCUGGCCAAACAUAUCGAUUUUUGUCAAUUUGUCAUAGUGGAAGAACUGCUGAAUAAUCUUCAACCUUUUACUUUUAACAAGUCCUGCCGCCCACAUCUUAGUUACAAGUCUUUUAUUACUCGUCAAUGUGGAAUGAUUGCGUCUCUGGCACAUAGUUUAUUUUUUUUAAAUCAUACAUCUACGUGAGCAUGCCUGUGGUAUCAUGAUCACUUCCAGCCUCGUGCAGUUCCCACGGAGCCACUUCCCUGAAUUCCUGGCGGCUACACAGAGAGCCGCGUUCUCUGACGGCAUCUCCAAACGCUUUGGCACGACUCCAGUAAGUGUCUUAUUCCCCUUCGAUAUUUUCUAGAUUCACAUGUCGCUUAUUCUACUUGCAACUUACAGACAGGAAGGAUGAUGCGUCUACUCCUGUUAUAUUAUGUGACCUAACUAACAGCUAAUGCUUUUAACGAAGAGUAUGUCAAAACCAUCCUGGUAACCAACCUGUAUAACUUUUUUCCCAUGAGUUAGAGGCUCUGUCAGCUAGGUCACCGACCUCAUCUCGAUCUAGAUUUUCUACUAUAUCGAGCAGGUAUCAAUGCAAUGAUGUGUCUGAGGUUUUCAAACCACUCCCGGAAGCUGAUGAAGCACAUAUUUUUCUAUGCCAUUAAAAAGAUAUCAUACAGAGUCCAUAAAAAUUUUGCAAUGGGUGCGGACUGUGUUGUACGUUUCAUGAGGAGCUGUGGUAAAUGGUGAGGUGCGAUGCUAUGUGAAUGGACAUUUUACAGUCUUAAAAAUCUCAUAAGUAGAAACUUUUUAAAACCUAAUUAUACUCCUUCCUUGAGUAUAAAAUAUGAAGGCGUGAUUCUCUAUUAAUUGACUGAAAGAAAGCUUAUUUUUGUUUAUGGUUUCUAUAAGAUAUAUUUGUAUUUACAAGACCAUCGAAAAUCAAUGAGAAAAAUGCAUGCUACUUAAGUAGCCAUUUUUUUACCGAGUUUGCUUUCUACAGAAAACUAAAAAGCAAUGAAUUCAAAAGCUAACAUCCUGCCAAGUUCAAAAUAUUAUAGGAUUGUGUUACAAGAUAAUCAGUGAUACGACCGCGCCCAAGUAAACCUUCCCAAUCGAAAACGCAUUUCAGAAUUACAGCCAACAUUUCAUGAGAUAGGUCACUCAAUGUAACUAACACCCAAUGCGUUUAACGAAGAGUAUGUCAAAACUAUCCUGAUAAGUAACCUGCAUAACCUUUGUCCCAUGAGUUAGAGGCUCUGUCAGCUAGGUCACCGACCUUAUCUCGACCUAAAUUUUCUACUAGAUCGAGCAGGUAUCAAUGCAAUGAUGUGUCUGAGGUUUUCAAACCAUUCCCGGAAGCUGAUGAGCAGGGGUUAACUUAAGUCGUUCGCUUUGUAUGCGGAGCGGAGACCUGUUUGCAUAUCAGCCAAACGGGACAGCUCUCCCCCUCCGGUUGAUAGUUAGUGGUGAGAUGUGUCAUUGGCAUGUCUGGGUGGCUGCUUUUGGCUAGAAUACUGGUCAUACCACCUCCAAAAUCAUUAACAACCAAGGAGCUGACACCCGAAUGUACAGUGAGUGACCGAUCUCAUGAAAUGGUGACCAACAUUCUGAAAUGCGUUUUUAAUUAGGAAGUAUAACUUAGGCGCCGUUGUAACACUGAUUAUACUCCGGCAUAAUCCUAUAAUAUUUCGGACUCGGCAAGAUGUCGGAUCUUGAAUGCAUUUCUUUUCAAUCGCCUGUAGAAACCGCACUCGGUAAAAAAUGACUACUUAUUUAGCAUGCAUGUUUCGCAUUGAUUUUCGGUGGUCUUAUAAGACCAGGCAUAUUUUAUAGGUGUGCACAAAAAUAUUCCUUUUUUCACUCAUUUGAUAGAGAAUCAUGUUACAUUUAUAUUCUAUACUUGAAGAAGGAGUACAUUUAAGUUUUAAAAAAGUCCCGUAUUAUGAGGUUGUUGAGACCGCGCAAUGUCCAUUCAUACAUCCUCGUACCUUUCUUUUUGCCACUGUUUCUCAUGAAAUGUACAACAUAGUUCGCAUCCAUUGCAAAAUUUUAUGGGCUCAAUAUGGUAACUUUUUAAAGGGGUAGAAGAAUAUACGAUUUUCCUUACGCGGAAGGCAUGCAAGUCAUUAGGCGCUAAUGCAACGACUGAUCAGGCUCCAGAUUAAUCAGGAAUCAUAAAAUUUUUUUAAAAUUUAAAUAUAUUCCUUCUUCAAGUAUCAAGUAUAAAGUUUACAUGCCUCUCUAUCAAAUGAGCGAACAAAGGAAUGUUUUGUAUAAAUAUUCUGUAAAAUAUACUUGACCUUAUAAGACCACCGUACAUCAGUACGAAAAAUGCAUGCUACAUAAGUAGUCAUUUUUUACCGAGUGCAGUUUCCACAGGCGAUUGAAAAGAAAUGCAUUCAAGAUCUGACAUCUUGCCGAGUCCGAAAUAUUAUAGGAUUAUGCCGGAAUAUAAUCAGUGUUACAACGGCGCCUAAGUAAUACUUCCUAGUUAAAAACGCUUUUCUGAAUUUUUCUCGACAUUUCAUGAGAUCGGUCACUCACUGUACAGUCGCGUAGCCAUGGCAACGUAGCUGUGACAGACAUCCACAGAAUAGAAUUAUGCCACUGCCAGGGUUGUCCGUCAUCCAUGCUGUCUUGCACGCGACGUGGAUUUCAUGGGGCCAGGCCAGAUUGCCUCGCCACAGUCGGGGUUGGUCCAGAGGAUUUUUUUACGACAGUGCAGCUAACGGCUUACACAAAUACCACGACGCUCGCUGAAAGCAACGCGUCCUCUCACCCACCUCACCCUCCACUGAGACGAAUGUUAGGUUUGGAUGCGUCCGCUUUCUGUCGUUGUGAGGCCAUUCACGCGGGUAGGUUUGACCGUAUCCAAUGCUAAAAACAGGUACUCUCUUUACAAACAAAAGAGCGUCAUGGAUGCUGCUUGUGUGUUACAUUUAUGCCAGUGUUGCCAAGGCUGGCAAAACCUGUCGUCUACAGUGCAGCCCACAGGGCGAGUACAAUUGGCGCGACUUUGCCAUCGCGUCACCAGACGCUAAGAACCUCCCCUUCCACUGCCGACCUUUAUAAAAGUCUGUCCAUGCCCAACUCUUCCGCCAUCUUGCGCCUUUCUGCGAAAGACUUUGUCCUCAUUUGCUUUGGGUGGGUCCUGCACAUUCCUCACUGUACUCUAUCACAACCACCAUCAGUCAUGUUGCCAACUGAAGCUGUAACUCGGCCCUUAACGGGUCUGCAAUGGCUCCUUCGCAACGUGGCUCCUCUAGCACUUGCAGGUCCGCGAGACCCGAGCCUCCCCCACAGUAACCCGAUGCAUGGUGUGGGUACCAGGCCGCGUAUGGCACGCGUAGACCGGCUGUUUAGUCUUGUCAGCCAUUGUGCCCGAGCCCCACCUUCGACCGUCUUGCAGUUGGAGCAAGAUAGUUGGUGGAAGAAAGGAAGUGCGUUAGAUGCUGCGUAAGGCUGCUUCACUGUUAACUUACUCACGCGCAGGUCGUCGUUGGACACGCGACGGCGGCGCUGACUGGUGUGACUCAGACGCAGUUCUAGGCAGUAAACGCAGUCUGAAGAAGUUGAGGUUAAGAGGUCGAGUAGAGUAGGCAGCAUAGGUCCCCAUUCUGGAGAGACAUCUGACAGGCAGUUGGGUCAGCGUCAGACUAAUUGGCCAGAAAUUCUGGGUGUUGAGUGUUCUUUAAUAUAUUCUGAUCCGAGUACACUUUCCAAAUCCCGUAGACUGAAGCCCCUAUCACUAUGGUGCGGAGUAGUCACAGACUGCCUCCGUCAGGAUACCUCAAAUCACUUUGAUUCACCAGCUAGCCAUCUGCCUACGCUCUUGAGCUGGGGGGGAGGGGGGCAACCAUUCGAAACAGGCGCGAAAGCCGGACGGAAGCAUUGAAAUUGUAAACUGACGCGAGUCUUUUGGAGAGUGAAGAAAUGAAGAGAAGCCCCACUGACUCAAAAAUGGAUCGGGCCAGGCUGACUAGAACAGUCCAUCUGUGCGGCCAUCGUACCUCUUGAAAUAUUCACUGAAGUGUCGUAAUGUUAUUUCACUUAGACGGAUUGCAUUCUCUAGUUUGCGUUGGUGGUUACCAUGGAGAAUAAUCCCAAGAUAGUUCAGUCUCGUCAAGACGGCAACUGCUUAAUGCGUGUCUUUCCGGCCGCCUGGUUAAAAAUGACCACUUAAUUGACCUGAAUUUUUUAAAUUGAUGUUCGAUGCCUUCAAAAAGUCCAACAUGUUUUAUAGGAAGAAUACAAACGUAUGGCCUUCGUACACAUUUUGUAGUAAAUUACGUUAUAGUCAAAUCCUAUACUCGAGGGAACAAUGCUUCCCAGUUUUGGAAAAAGCUCCCAAAUGCCCGAAAACUCGUUAACAUGGCCUGUCGAUGGAUUCGCGUUUAAGGUCUCAAAACCACAAACUGUUCGCUUCCCAUCUGCCAUUACCAAGAUUACCACACAGGGCACAUAACAUUUUGUGGUUUUUAUGAGUCACGUUGUACACUUAAUAAGAAGAAUUACCAAUCGGACAGACACGACAUUAUUGGAGUAGACAUUUCACAGUCUUAAGAGCUCACAAUAGCAUACAUACUUUUCAAAUGGACACAGAAAGAAUAUUCUUACGUAUGAUUCUUUUAAGAUAUUCUGGGAUUUAUUUGGGCAUCCAAAAUCAAUUCACAAUUAAUACAAAUGAAGUAGUCGUUCUAGCAGAGUGUAACUUCUGCAGCCACCCAAAAAGUACAGUAGAUGUGCUAACUCAUGAAAUGUCAACCAAAAUUUCGAAAUGCGUUCUCGGUUCGAAAAGAUAAAUUAUGUAGUGUUGUAAAACUAAUCAUGAUGCAGCAUAAAUCUAUAAUGAUCCAGUUACCUCAGGGUGUCGGCUUUCGAAAGAACUUAUUUUCGGCGGCAUGCAAGAUCCAUACUCUGCAAAAAAAUGACUGUUUAAGUAGCAUGCAAUUUUCUCAUUGAUUUUCGAUGCCCUUGAAAAUUCAAUUAUAUUUCAUGGAAAACAUGCAUAAAAAUAUUCAUUCUUUUACAUAUUCGGUAGAAAAUCACGUCUUCUUCCAAUUUCAUACUCAAAAGAAGAGUAUAAUUCGGUUUAAAAAAGCUUCUAAUUGUGAGAUUUUUUAAUACCGCUAAAUGGCCGUUCAUGAAACGUCAUGUAUCUGCAUUUACGAAUGUGGCUUGUAAAGUUAACAAUAUUGCUCAAAUCCACUGCUUAAUUUUAUGAACCUCAUAUGGUCUCCUCUUAACACCGUAGAGAAAUGCAUGGUUUUCCGUACACGGAAAAUAUACAGCUUAUAGUUUUGAAACCCUGAAUGCAAGUGUAACAGCAGGUCGGGUUCAAAAUAAAUCGGGAAUUAGAAAAGUUUUUUAAAACCGAAUUAUACUCUUCUUUUGAGCAUGAAAUUGGAAGAAGACGUGAUUUUCUACCGAAUAAGUAAAAGAAUGAAUAUUUUUAUGCAGGUUUUCCAUGAAGCAUAAUUAAUUUUCAAGGGCAUCGAAAAUCACUGUAAAAUUGCAUGCUACAUAAGUAGCCAUUUUUGCAGAGUAUAGAUCUUGCAUGCAGCCGAAAAUAAGUUCUUUCGAAAGCCGACACCCUGAGGUAACUGGAUCAUUAUAGAUUUAUGCUGCAUCAUGAUUAGUUUUACAACACUACUUAAUUUAUCUUUUCGAAACGAGAACGCAUUUUGAAAUGUUGGUUGACAUUUCAUGAGUUAGCACAUCUACUGUAUGUGUGUGUCAAACAGGUCACAUGAACAGUGCAUAAUCGCAGUCUGACUAGCAUUUCAAAGGACGACCGAAAUUUGCAGUUGGACAGUGUGUCGUGCAACUAAUGCGAGUGCCAGGAAUCCACAAUCAUUAAGUCAAGUUUCGAUUAGCAAGCGAAGACGGGAGUCACCAGAAAGAGGAGUUUUGGGUGCAUUGAACAUCGAGCUGAUGUCUCAGAAUGCAGUGGCUACUGGCGAGGUCAGGGCAUCUGCUGACGGUGUCACUUCGUGGUAGAGGGGAGCUCGCCGAUCGUGUUACGGAACUCGCUCGUCCCUUUGUGCCUUACUGGCUCUCUCACGAGUACAAGCAGCAGCUGCACAGCGGCGCAUGCUAUAGGCAGAGUAACAUUACCGAGAAAGACAAGGGAGAUGGGAAUAAAAAUUUCUGGCUUAUUAGCCGUCGUCAGCCAGUCCUACCCAAACCCGAGGUGUGGAACACCUGGAGCUCGAUCCCGCGACCUGUUGGUUGGAAGUUCAACACCCCUAACCGCUGAACCAUGUCGAGUCAUGCCUGCGAGCGUGAGACGAGUAAUGACAGUUACUUUAAUGUGUUUGUGGGGCAAACUCAGUUGUUAUUCGCUUAGUGUGUGUUGCACUAGCCGGGGGAUGGUGUGUUCAACAGGUGGAUUGGCGACUGUGGCUGUCUGUGCACAGCGUGUCCCAGCUGAAGCCGGUCAGACUGAGCGUCCGAAACUGCCCCUUGACAGUGAAAAUGACCUUGACGCAGUGGGGUAUUGAAGGAAGUCGUCAGGCACCGCAAUGAUGGCCAUCGGAAACAAUAGGAACACUUUAAGCCACGACCUCCAGUACGUCAUGAUACCUUUAAGCUGAACGUGUCUAUUGCAGCGAGAAGGAUACACUCUGUUGUCGCGAAAAAGUGCACCAGAGUAUCGGCUUCACUCAGUCAGUCGAAUUCUGUACUCGAAGGAACUGUACUUCCUCGUUUUCGAAAAAGUUCCCAAAUGCCCUAAUAAUGAUUGUUGGCAUGGCCUGUCGAUGCAUUCGCGUUUAAGAUCCCAAAACCACAAACUGUUCACUUCUCAUCUGCCAUUAUCAAGAGUACCACACAGGGCUCAUAGCAUGUUGUAGUUUUUAUGAGCCACGUUGUACACUUAAUAAGAAGGAUUACCAAUCGGACAGAUACGAUAAUAUUGGAGUAGACAUUUCAUUGUCUUAAAAGCUCACAAUCGCAUAUAUACUUUUCAAAUGGACACAAAGAGAAUAUUCUUAUGCAUGAUUCUUUUGAGAUAUUCUGGGUUUUAUUAGGACAUCCAAAAUCGAUUCGCAACUAAUACAACUGAAUUAGUCGUUCUAGCAGAGUGUGAUUUCUGCAGCCACCCGAAAAGCAAGUAUGCAAAGGCCUGCAUGUUGUAGUGACUGAAGUUUCUUGGGAUUAUGCUGCGUGUCAAUCAUUAUAGCAACGCCAAGUAAGUGACCUUCCCUAACCGAGGUCAGGUUUCUAAAUUUAGAUCAGUGUUUCACGAGAAACGUCACUGGGAGUUCGGUUGAUGCAAGCGACGACAUUUGUUGUAUGCCCUACGGAGUGGGAUCGGCGCCAGUGAUUUUACGCGUGAAUUAGUUUAUAGUGAUGAAGACUUGCGCAGCAUCUACCACACGCGCACUCUCCCUCCUCACUCACUCACCUUACACCGAUGACAAGUCGAAGUCAAGCCGACCGAAAGCGGGCUAAGUCGCAGUGGCUGAAAAGGCUGGACAACUCGCCUAUGUGUGCUUCGUACGGACAGAGUUUGACAGAAAUAAGCUGGCAUCUGAGGCCUCACGUUCAUGAUAGUGUGGUAAAGGCCACACUAACAGGAAGCCAUUAGAUCUGGCGUUGGUAUUGAAAGCAGUGUCAGACGGAUUUAGAACAGUCCAUGCACCUUGACCACACAUGGUUUGGUCACCAAGUAGUGUACCAGUAUUAUCAGAAAAUAUGCUUCCUGCAUACAUGAGAGACUCAUCACGCAUUGGAAGAUCGAAGAACUGAAGUAGCGCUGUCUUCUGUUAUGUCAGCAGUAGGCUUCUUGUGGCCUCAUUACGACAACUUGACCGUCACUGCCGACGAUGUCCAUGGCUGCGAGGGCCUCAUUUUAACUGUUGUUGCACGCACCUACAGUAAGUGGGCUAACUCAUGAAAUGUCAACUGAAUUUUCUCAAAUGCAUCUUCGUUUCGAAAGGAUUAAUUAAGUAGGAUUGUAAAACUAAUCAUCGAGCAGCAUAAUUCUAUAAUAAUUCCGUUAUCUCAAGAUACUGUCUCUCGAACGAAUUUCUUUCCGACUACAUGCGAAAAUCAUACUCUGCAGAACAGGGCUACUCAAGCAGCAUACAUUUUUCUCAUUGGUUUUCGAUGCCCGUAAAAAUUCAAUUAUAUUUCAUGGAAAGCUUGCAUAAAAAUAUUCACUCUUCUGUUCUGUCGGUAGAAAAUUACUUCUUCCAUUUUUAUAAACGAAGGAAGGAUGUAAUUCGACUUUCAAAAAUUUUCCAAUUGUGAGAUUUUUUAACACCGUUAAAUGGCCGAUCAUUAAACGUCAUGUCUCUGCCUUUAUCGAUGCGGCUCGCAAAUUUAACUACAUGUCUUAAAUCCACUGCUAAAUUUUCUGAAUCCCUUAUGGUCUCCUGUUAAUACCGUAUAGAAAUCUAUGGUUUUCCAUACACGAAAAAGUGUGCAGCUAGUAUUUUUUAAGUCUUGAAUGCAAGUGUAACGGCAGGUCGGGGUUCAACUUAUUCGGGAAUUAUUCGAGGUAAUUGAAUUAUUAUAGAAUGACGCUGCACGAUAAUCUGUUUUGCAACCCUACUUAAUUAGUCUUUCCGAAACGAAAACGCAUUUCGGAAUUUUGGUUGACAUUUCAUGAGUUAGCCCACCUACUGUGCGAAGGAAGCUCGGCGUACUUGUGAUAGGAGGUAAAUUUGCGUAUCCAAACGGCGGCAAAAAGUGGGCCGAAUCGGACUGGGACGACGCGAUCUCAUUUUUCAUCAUUCUCCGUGGACGUGCGAAGGGUGACGCCCGUGUGCUCUGUGAAGAUGAGAUAUUAACACUGCCCGAAUCCAUCCAGUCAACUCUAUCCCGUGGAAAUUCUUCCCCUCUGUGUGAGGCGUGCAACAUCCGAGAUCGCUUCCUCUCUGGUGAGGGUUGUGUAUGGCGGUGUCACGGAGCAAAAGUAACUACACCGGCCAGACCGGAACACAUGCGCGGACGGUGCAUACAACAAACAUAAACUGCCCGUCUGACGAGGCGGCGAAUUAUCGUAAAUGACGGCCCGCAACUUCGAAACGGGCUUCAAGUUCCCCUUCGUAGCCACCAAGUCAGGUUUAAGGUUAGGGUUAUGGUCAGGUUAAGGAUUAGGUCUAAGGCUAGAUCUACAGUUAACGGUCAGGCAUGUCAGGGUCAAGUUUACGGUCACGGUUAGGUCUGCUGUUAACUGCAUAGUCAAGGUUCGGGGUGAGGUUAGAGUUAAGACUAGGGCAACGGCUUAGUUUUAUAUUAAGGUUGCUGUUGGGGUUAGUACGCGGAAGUAUCUGUCUUUCCGGAAUUAUGAGAAUGUCCACCUUUACUACUUGGGCAACCGCUCGUAUUCCCAUGCCCUGUUUAGGCGGGCACAUAAGUCAGUCCAACCAUUACUACAUUCUACCUCUCAGCCCCGAUUACGUCCUAGUCAUUCCAUCAGUCCAUAACCUUCCAAGCUACCUAUCCGAGCACGUCGCUUUAGUUUAUAGAGUUUCGGAUUUGCCAUAGUGAUUACUGAUGAUGUUAGUUGACACACUGAUUGACAUGGCGUACCAUCUUCCAUCUAACUGUGACACCUGCUUACUUGUCCUUAACUUCCCUCGAGCUGAUUUCACUAUAAAACAUAGUGUACACAUAGGUGGAAUGAGCUCAUUCUCACGCUCGGCGUUUCUCCUGCUGGUUGCAUCGCGUGGUUCUUCCGCGAGUCCUGCGUGAUUUCGUUGCUGCUUGUAUGAAGUAAUGGGCAGCCCAAGUGGAUCUUCGUGAUGAGCGUGAGAGAGAGAGAGAGACCGUGCGCAGAUCCGGACUGUGUAUUGUUGCAUCGCAAGUUUUCCUGUGUGCGUAUGGGGUCAUGUAAGUCCAUGCGGUGGCCAAAUGCCAAGGUCGGUUAAGAUUCAUGCAAUGGAUCCCGGUUCUCCGGUGAAAUAUGAUGCACUUACGGGUAACCUACCAAGUCCAUGCGCGAGUGAAAUGCGUGGCGAUAAUAUGAACACUUUGACACCAUGGAUGAACUUCUGGUGCUAGUGGGUAUUCCUUUAUGUUCUGACGGAGCUCUUCUUGCGUCAUCUACAAUGGCUGAUCAAGGCGAGCCCAGAAUGCAGCAGUUCGUGACAGGCGGACGGGUGUCCACAGUGACUUUUCGGGAACAAUCGGGAGAUUGCACCCAAAAAAUCCGUUACCUAGAAAUAAUACCUUUAACAGUGGACUCAUUUUCCUUCAGACUAUAUCAGCGGUUGCAGUCCUACUUUCGCGCACUACUUGGACUUUCCUCGACGGCCUUAUAUGGGUUGGCCGAACGAGCAUCGCAGGAGGUUACAUGGACGAUGGUCGCUUUUAGCCAACCUUCCCCAUCGUUACACACGUACACCUGAUUAUACGGCAUACAUUCGCAUUAUGGCAGUAUAUUACAAAACAAAAUCACUUUUAAAUUGGAUAAGUCUGCACAACAUGGGACAGGAACAUUUCCCAGGCGUCUGUCAAAGACAUGGCAUUGGGGCCAAACCAAAGACGCUACUAUGCAUCUUCUAUGUGAGCCCACACAGCUCGACCACAUACAGGGUCUCCCUCGUGGAGUUUCCUUUUCAGUCUACUCCAGUAUGCCUCAGUGGCAUUGGUGUGCCGUCCGGUGGUAAGGUCCUUGAAGUUCUUUGAGUGGUUAACAGAGAAGUGUAGAUAACCUUCUGAGGGAAGACGAUUAUACGCCUUCCAUUCGUCCGUUACCACUAUACUGCUUUGGCGACCCAUUUUGUAAAAACGGAACGGAGAACGGGCCAACUUCGAUCAUUCACCUGUUCAACUAAGCCUUUCCGUCGGCUAGUAUCGUACAUCCCGACCAGCCACCAACCAUAAAACCCCUAUUACCAGAUGUCCCGUAAGACAGGCUGCUUUGGUUAGGCGAAUUUUUUUAGGUGCCAUCUCCCGAUUGUUACCGAUUUUUUCAUUGUAAUUUUGUUCUGCAGAUGCGGGGGUUACGUCUGUUGACAUUACAGUGAGUCUCAGCCCUCGGCAGCCGUUGGUGGCAUUUUUAUGCGGCAGUCCUUCGUGUCUAUUGUUUUCCCCCUACUCAGACCAUUCAGUAGACCACUCGCUUCGUGCAAGCUUUUCCCACGCCUUUUGGUUACUUAAAAGGCGUUUGAGGGAGCUUUUCAAUGCGUGUUUGUAGUGUUGUUUAUCGCCACUGCCCGUGGAAUAAUGUUUCUGCCGUACGCGCUCACCGGUCACCCAUCUUCUGUAUGACAUAGACACUCCGUCUGCCCACUGAUUGUGGGACGUAGGUGUUCGGGAUCUUUAACUGCUGUUUCGAUCUAAAAAUCCGAUUCGGCCCCCGUGUUGGGGACAUACACACACGACAACAACGACGAAGACAGUUCGACCGUCGUGUCCGACGAUGUCCACCCUGGGCUCCACAGCAAAAUGGAGAAGACACAGGGACUUGUGCGUGAGUUAGUUUAUAGUGGUUGUGGACUUGCACAGCAUCUACUGCACUAUCUCCUCCCCACCUGACCUUAGUGUCAGGACAUAGUCAAGAAGACGGGAGGUGAAGGAGGGCGUAAGUGGCUGGCACGGACGGACCCGCACCUGGGCGUACCGCCGCAUUCCCUGGUUCACAACAAGCACUUGACCAGGAUUCUAACCAACAGGAACAGCACCACAGCGGGUAAAAAAGACAUGAACGAUUGGGGAGCCGUGCUCAUGACCUAUAUACCCAGGGGGAGCGCAAACGCACCUACCGUCAGCCAACCAGGUGUCCGAGAAGUGCCAACGCAUACCAGGCCGUCGAAGCUAAGUUCUUUCCAAUUAUGUCAAGGUCAAACUCCCCAGAGUUUAAACAUGACUGCACCACCUGGAAGUUUACCAAAAAAAUCUGAAUAAGACAGCGACUUGUGGAAUCCCCCCUUUCUGGUAAUACGGAUGUCUCAUAGCAUUGAUUGAAGCCACACAACAGGCCCGGAGAGGGAAAAUUUGGUACAAAAAAGCACACAAAACUUCAUCGCAUAGGAAAGAGUUCCCAGCGGCUGCCUUUAUUUGCCGAGGUGCGACCCCUGUCCAGGGCACAGGUACAUGGAGUCAUAGAAGAUAAAUUGGUGCGAGGCAAGGGUUGGGUGGAGUAAACAACAGGGUUGCCAGAACGUUUAGCUCAAUUCUUCACGUCUAUGCAAAGUGCACCGCUAUCGGAGCAUACUCAUACUCACCUCCCUCCUUCGUCGUGUUGAAUAUGUAGCAGUAUUGCAAGGCGGUGACUCGGCGGUGAGUAUCAGGUUGCCGAAGUGAUUUCGGUUGGGUGGUACCAACUUACCUCGCUCCAGGCAACUACUUGUGUCAAUUUAGGAUCCAACGAGGUAAGACUACUGAAAAUCAGGCCGAUAGAACCCUGCACCAGUGCACACGAAAAGGCAACAACGGUUGGCAAGGAAGAAUAAGUAAGUGACGUACUGGAGGGAGUCGGAAGUAGUCAUUGCGGGGUUACUUUUUCUGUUCAAUUGAAAGCGGGUUCUGUGAAGUUCAUUCUCAGGUCUUCUUCGAAAACCCCAUGGACGUGCAAAAUGCGUUUGUGCACCGUAUCUACAGUAGAUGUGCUAAUUCAUGAAAUGUCAACCAAAAUUUCGAAAUGCGUUCUCGGUUCGAAAAGAUAAAUUAAGUAGUGUUGUAAAACUUAUCAUGAUGCAGCAUAAAUCUAUAAUGAUCCAGUUACCUCAGGGUGUCGGCUAUCGAAAGAACUUAUUUUCGGCUGCAUGCAAGAUCCAGACUCUGCAAAAAAAUGACUGCUUAAGUGGCAUGCAAUUUUCUCAUUGAUUUUCGAUGCCCUUGAAAAUUAAUUAUGCUUCAUGGAAAACAUGCGUAAAAAUAUUCAUUCUUUUACUUAUUCGGUAGAAAAUCACGUCUUCUUCCAAUUUCAUUCUCAAAAGAAGAGUAUAAUUCGGUUUUAAAAAACUUUUCUAAUUCCCGAAUAAUUUUGAACUCGACCUGCUGUUACACUUGCAUUCAGGGUUUCAAAACUACAAGCUGUAUAUUUUCCGUGUACGGAAAACCGUGCAUUGCUCUACGGUGUAAAGAGGAGACCAUAUGAGGUUCAUAAAAUUAAGCAGUGGAUUUGAGCAAUAUUGUUAACUUUACAAGCCACAUUCGUAAAUGCAGAUACAUGACGUUUCAUGAACGGCCAUUUAGCGGUAUUAAAAAAUCUCACAAUUAAAAGCUUUUUUUAAAACCGAAUUAUACUCUUCUUUUGAGUAUUAAAUUGGAAGAAGACGUGAUUUUCUACAGAAUAAGUAAAGAUUGACUAUUUUUAUGCAUGUUUUCCAUGAAAUAUAAUUGAAUUUUCAAGGGCAUUGAAAAUCAAUGAGAAAAUUGCAUGCUACUAAGCAGUCAUUUUUUUGCAGAGUCUGGAUCCUGCAUGCAGCCGAAAAUAAAUUCUUUCGAAAGCCGACUCCGCGAGGUAACUGGACCAUUAUAUAUUUAUGCUGCAUCAUGAUUAGUUUUACAACGAGAACGCAUUUCGAAAUGUUGGUUGACAUUUCAUGAGUUAGCACAUCUACUGUACUUAAUGGCCCAGGCCUGUAUACAAAAUGCUUCCAGCUGCUUCAAAGUCCAACACCAAUUGUUAAUAUGUAAUGGAAAUACGGGUCCUUGAUUCCGUUGGUGUCCCUUGCCGGCAGAUAUUUAGAAUGAAAUUGUAGGAUGUACGACCAGAAAGUCUCAUGGUUGCAUGCAAUUGCCACAACUUUUUUGUCUUUGAACGUGACACUUGAAAGCUUUGACUAUGGCCAGAACUUUUUCGACACUAAACAUAUAAAAAUAUGUUUAUUCAACUUAUGUAUCCUCAGGUUUUAUGUGCACAUUUACUUUGUUCUUGGCGGACCGAGUGUAGCCUUCCUUUCAGCAAGUUAUCACACGCCGGACGGAAGGUAGCCUGCAUGCUACAGGACAUUUGAUUCUUCUUUGCUCAACUUUCGGAUUGCCUUUUGCAUUUUUUUAAUUGUAUUUCAUCGCUAGGAGAAAGAGUGAAUGUUACUGGAACGUAGUCUACAAAGGCCAGGAAUGAACAAGACAACAUGACAACGCCCAGUGGGUGCCUUCGACGCGUUUUUUUCCGCAAUGCGAGUCUUGGUCAGGGUUGUUAUUGAUUAUCACACCGUAGGCGUUCUUCACGCGCAUGAUGACUUGCUGGUAAUGCGUUUAGAAGUUGGCAUGACAAACUUUCUCCAAAAUCCUGGCUUUUCCAUUGUGCACAGAGCAUCCGGAUCUACAGUGCGUGACCGAUCUCAUGAAAUGUUGGCCAAAAUUCUGGAUGCGUUUCCGAUUAGGAAGGAUUACUUAAGCGGGAUUGUUAUACUGAUUACCAUGCAGCAUAACCCUAUAACCUUUUGGACUCGCCAGGAUGUCGGCUUUUGAAUGCACUUCUUUUUGACCUCCUGCUGAAACCAUACUCGGUAUAAAAUGACUACUUAGGUAGCAUGCAUUUUUCCUAUUGAUUUUCAAUGGUCCUAUAAAUUAAAAUUUAUUUUAUGGAGGACAUGCACAAAAAUAUGCGUUCCUUUGUUCAUUUGGUAGCAACUCACAUUGUCUUCAUAUUUUAUACCCGAAGAAAGUGUAUAUUUUGGUUUUAAAAAAGUUUCUAAUUAUAAGAUUUUUAAGACCGUGCGAUGUCCAUGCAUGCAAGAUGGCACAUGUCCGUUUACUAAUGCUCUUCAUGAAAUGUACAACACAGUCCGAAUCCAUUGCGAAAUUUCAUGAAAUCUAUAUGGUAUCUUCUUAAAGGGAUAGGGAAAUAUAUGAUUUUCCUUACGCGGAAAGCAUGAACAUUGUAGACUGAAAUUGCUAAACGCUGAUGCCAUGGCAGAUCGGGCCGAAAAUUAUUCGGGAAUUGGGAAACUUUUUUAAAACCUAAAUACACACUUUCUUCGGGCAUAAACUAUGAAGACAAUGUGAUUUCCUACCAAAUGAGCAAAAGAAUGCAUAUUUUUGUACGUGAUUUCUAAAUAUAUUUGAAUUUAUAAGACCAUCGAAAAUCAAUAGGAAAAAUGCAUGCUACUUAAGUAAUCAUUUUCUGCCUAGUGUGGUUUCUGCAGGAAGUCAAAAAGACGUGCAUUCAAAAGCCGACAUCCUGACGGGUCCAAAAUGUUAUAGGGUUAUGCUGCAUGGUAAUCAGUAUAACAGCUCAACUUUAGUAAUCCUUCCUAAUCAGAAAUGCAUUGCAGAAUUUUGGCCAACAUUUCAUGAGAUCGGUCACGCACUGUAGCUCACGGCUACCAGUUCGAGUUCCCCCUAUAUGGCGGUCGCGCUUGUGGUCCUUUCUGGACGCCCGUCUUGCGUUUACAGAUUUCCUGCCCUAGACUGACCAUAAUUUGGGCUGACAUGAAUUUAGGGAAAUUAUUUAUUGUAUCCUCUGCGCGGAUCGAUAUUAUCUUGUAUUCUCUACCAGUCUGGACAUAUCCGCUUCAUCUUUUGAUUCCCCUCUGCACCCUUUCAGUCGGUCAAAGCAGUGUUUCUAGUAAAGAGGUUUGAGUACGUUAAUCUUCACCACUGCACAACCGAGUGGUAUAACACCUACCUCGGAGUUCGACGUUUGGGCCUCCGUCCACAGGAUGUACACGUUCUCCUCAUCGAUGCUCACCCGGCAGCCAUCUUGGACAGCGUCUGGUUGGCCCUGUUUGGCGGAUACUCACGAAUUGGGCAGUACCGACCCACCGUCUUCACGCAGAGGCCCACAAUGUUGCCCUCGAUUCCAGACCCUGAGGGCGAUCCUAAGAGGCUGCGAGGUCGUCUCAUCCUGGCAGACCGGGCUGUCUGGAGUCCGCCCGGCUACCACAGUCCCAUGACACGUCUAAAGACACCCCGCAUCCACCUGAUUGAGGAAUUUCGCGACCAUUUCCUCACUUCGCAUGGUGUGGAGGUGCAGCCGGUAGUCCCAUUGGCCGCCGGUGAGAACCCAAGUCACAGUCGGUGUCGACCGCGGCUAGUUGUCAUUCUGCGACGCAAUUACGUCUCACAUCCGCGCCAGCGUACCGUGGGUCGCAAAUUUGCCAAUGAACAGGAGAUCCUCUACCACCUUCAGAAGGCAACCGUAUCACUGCCAGACGGUCAGACGGUCCCACUGGUGGAAUCGGUGGUCGGCGUCCAGCUGGAUCAGCUGACUAUGCAGGAACAGUUGAAGUUCACGGGCAAUGCAGACAUCCUGCUAGGUGUCCACGGAGCCGGCAUGACGCAUGCCAUGUACAUGCCACACCAGUCGGCUGUAGUUGAACUCUUUCCAAUGGCCUCAGAAGGCAAGAACUUCGACUUCGAGGCCAUUGCACGUUGGAAGGAUCACGUGUACGUCUCGUGGCGCAAAUCCACGCCGGAGACGGAGCUGACGGAUGAAGCGCUUCGAAUUCCACCUCUCGUCGUGACCGAUCUUGUCACAGAAGCGAUAUCAAAGUUUCAAAGAAAGUUCAUCCAUUGUACCUCGCGGUCAGAGAGGUGA